GAUCCUCGGCCGGCUGCGUUGGUGGAGGCCGCGGGGGAAGGGGAGCCGGCGGCAGUGCCGCCGAAGGAGAGCAGCACUGCGGCACGGUGGGGAUGAUCUGUGCCGCGGCGGACGCAGCGGCCCGGCUUCUUGGGGAGGCGGUAUAAGCGGGCGCCGCGCCUCCGCGCUCGCCCUCAGUUCCGCGCUCCGGCCAUGCGCCCGGCCUUCGCGGUGGGCCUGGUGUUCGCAGGCUGCUGCAGUAAUGUGAUCUUCCUAGAGCUCCUGGCCCGGAAGCAUCCAGGAUGCGGGAACAUUGUGACAUUUGCACAAUUUUUAUUUAUUGCUGUGGAAGGCUUCCUCUUUGAAGCUGAUUUGGGAAGGAAGCGGCCAGCUAUCCCAAUAAGGUACUAUGCUGUGAUGGUGACCAUGUUCUUCACGGUCAGCGUGGUGAACAACUAUGCCUUGAAUCUCAACAUCGCCAUGCCCCUGCAUAUGAUAUUUAGAUCUGGUUCUCUCAUUGCCAACAUGAUCCUAGGAAUUAUCAUUUUGAAGAAAAGAUACAGCAUUUUCAAAUAUACCUCCAUUGCCCUGGUGUCUGUGGGGAUAUUUAUCUGCACUUUCAUGUCCGCAAAGCAGGUGACUUCCCAGUCCAGCUCGAGUGAGAACGAUGGAUUCCAGGCAUUUUUAAGGUGGCUGCUAGGGAUUGGGGCACUGACGUUUGCACUUCUGAUGUCAGCACGGAUGGGUAUUUUCCAGGAGACCCUAUACAAACAAUUUGGGAAACAUUCCAAGGAGGCUUUGUUUUAUAAUCAUGCCCUUCCACUUCCUGGCUUCAUUUUCCUGGCUUCCGACAUUUAUGACCAUGCAGUUCUGUUCAAUAAGUCUGAAUUGUAUCAAGUUCCGGUCAUUGGUGUGACAGUGCCCAUCAUGUGGUUCUACCUCCUCAUGAAUGUCAUCACUCAGUACGUGUGCAUCCGGGGCGUCUUCAUUCUCACCACGGAGUGCGCCUCCCUCACCGUCACCCUUGUCGUGACCCUACGCAAGUUCGUCAGCCUCAUCUUUUCCAUCUUGUACUUCCAGAACCCUUUCACUCUGUGGCACUGGCUGGGUACCUCGUUUGUCUUCAUUGGCACCCUAAUGUACACAGAAGUGUGGAACAACCUAGGGACCACAAAAAGCCAGCUUCAGAAGGACAAGAAGAACUGAGGCCUGCCCGGAGCAGAGACCAGGGUCGUGAUGUGCUAGGGUCUGGUGAAGGGCUGGCCACCCUUCCACGUUCGUCAGCGCUGAAGUGUUGAACCAACCAUGUACCAGAGAAUCCUCAGAAGGAGGGACGUCUCAGAUUUCUUAAGGCUGUACAGACAGUGUCUGUGGACUCCAAAUGGAAACCCCUCAACCAUGAAGUAGAAACAAGAACAGUUCUCUGCUCUUGAACAGCCAGCGCGUUUGUUACUUGUUUACCAAAAUAUUUAGUACUGUUACUUGUUUAUUGAGUUCCGAGUCCCCACAGCUAGUAGUUUUAUAUCCGUGUUCAGUGGUGGUCUCUUGUUGCCAUUCUGAUGAUUCUCUGCCACACAGUCAUUAUCAUCCUGUGGCCUCGUCCUUUUUUUCUGUCACCUUUCCCCUCCCCGCCCCAACCCCUGCAGCCCUGUCGGCGAGUCAGAUGCAUCAUCAUCAGGAAACAACUGAGCUGAGACACCGGUGACACUGGGACUGGAAAAGAAGCAGUUGUCCCUGUGAGCCGAGCCCUUGUCACACUGGAGCAGGGCUGGUGGGAAUCCUUUCCCACAUCUUGCCUUUUUUUUUUUUUUUCCUUUUUUCCUAUGCAAAAGUCUGUUGCUUUCUCUGCCUAGAACAGACCUUCAGCGUCUCUCUGAGGCACAGUUAAUAAGAAAGGUUGUGUAUGACUUGGGAGAGACGUUUCCUGGCAUGAAGCCCUGUGGCUCUGAGUGGAGAUGGUGCUGGGAGUGGCUGGUCCUCGGUGGCCCCCAGAGGGCCACAGCUCCGGGCUGGUGCCAGCGGGUGCCUUUCCUGCUGGGAAGGCUGCUUAAAACCAGAGAGAUUGAGUUCUGCCUGUCAGGCUGACAGAGUCAUGGUCAGUCAGGCUAAGGAGGAGACUAGUACAUGGGGGGUGUGGUGUAUAAAUCAGGUCCAGUCACAACGAAAAUGAAGGUUUUUUUUCCCCCCUUCUUUCCUAUGAAGUAUCUUAGUGUUCUUGAUGAGUGUUCACAGGUGGUUGGGAGGUAAUGUGUUUUGCUCUGUGUGGAAAUAUGAUGCCCCUUUUGGCUAAUCAUUUCGGAGGUGUGGUCUUUCCUUGCUGGGGUAAUUUUGAGAACAAGGAACACUAUCAGUAUAGUGUGUGUAGGGGUGUGUGUGUGUGUGUGUGUGUGUGUGUGUGUGUGUGUGUGUGUGUAGUUUCUGCGAUAAUAUUGGAGGAGAAAAGAACAUGAAAGUCUGUUCUUUUAUUGCCUCAUUUUUCACUCAGCACCCCCCGCCCCAUCAUUAACCUCACAGGAGUACCUGCCGCUUUUGGGCACGGACUGUCUUAAAUUGCGGUGUGGUUCUGCAGAUCUGCUUGGCUCACCUGUGGUGUGGCAGGGGUCCGCCGCCGCCUGCCUACAGCUGGUCUCUGAUGGGGUCUGAGAUAAGUCCCAGAGCCUUUGGGUCGCUCUGGGGGAGUAACUUAAGCCACCUCAUUGUCCUCUGCAUGUUAAUCACGGGUUUUCAGACUCAUUUGUUGCUCUAGAUGUGGACAGCUUUCCAGUGCUGAUCACUGGUCUGCCCCAAAAGAUGCUGAAUUUGGCGUGAACCCAUUCAUGGAAUCAAAAGGCAUUUUCUUUGAAAUAUGUAGAGUUCUUCAGACUGAUGGUGCUAUAAGUAGCAUGUGUUAAAUAUCCUCUUAAAAACAAAAGCUAUUUUUUUUUUAAAUCACUUAAUAGAAGAACGUGUCCCUAGGGGCUGUUGGAUUGCUGUGUAUCUGGAGUCUUAACAGGCUGUCCUAACUCAGUGUCAUCCUUUUUAUGUUGAUGAAAAUUUUUAGUAAUUGAAAUGUGUCGGUGCACACAGACAGCAUUUAACUGAGUCUAUUAGAUUUUAGAUUCUGGCUUUAGAAAGUACACGUUCCUCAGUCUGAACACCUCUGCUGGUUUUAUUAACAAGAGGUUACAUAUGGACAGAUUAUGCACUUAAGCAAAAAAUGAACGUGUGUAAGAACAGAAUGUCUGAAAUGCUCUGUGAGUUGAUUUUCGCUCUAGUGGCCAGAUGUAAGAAAAUAUGUCUAAUGGACACUAGAACUUUCAUUAACAACUUGUUUUUGGACCAUUUAUUUCCAGAGGAUAACUGCUUUUUCAAUCCAGGUUGAAACUAAUUUCAGCUUUUAUGAAAUAGGCAAAUAAACCAUUUUGUAAAGGACCAGACCCAUGCGACAGAAGGAGAAAUGUCUAUUAAAAUGCUUUUCCUCUUUCUCGGUCAAAACUAUGUAACUGUGUACCUCAGAGAUAGAGUUUGUUUACAAAAGAGAUUGGUGUUUAAGAUAGCCAAAACUCUACCCUUAGAGCAAAGAUCAGAUAGCAGAUGGCACUAGCCAGAAAGUAUACUGUGUGUGUGUGUGUACAUGCGUACACAUGCCUGUGUACCCACUUAACAGCUGGACCAGUGCCAUAGAUAAAUAGGAGAAAGUGGUGGAUAUUUUAGUUCUAUUGAUGUAAUACCUACAUAGCCUUUACCACAAUUCUGUCCUCUCAUUAUAAAUGCUUUUUCAUUUUUUGACUUUUUUCUUGAUCUUUUAAUUUUCCUUUCCAUCUAAAACAAUCAUUAAUGUACUUGGUAACUGUCUAUCAAGUUUUAAAGUAUUUAGACACAAUCUGUUCUUCUGGGAAGAUUACCUGACAUUUUUAAAGCUUUCUAAUAACUUGAGGUCACUUCUCGAGCACCCGUCCCCCCUUCUGCCUUAUUUUGUUUCCCUCCUGAGCCCCACCUCCAGUGUCCUCACCGCACUUUCUGUUCACUUGUGUACUUCUCCACUGAAGAUUUGUAUAGUUUCCCACACCUGUAAUCUUGUAUCUGUUUAUGCCUCUAUUCUCUGGGGCCUCUCAGAUGUUUUUGUGGGUUUUUACAAGGUAUUUAUAUCUGUGUAGCACGUAUUUUGUUAGACAUUGUUGUAAGUAUUGAUACUUGGCAUGUUAAGAUCUGGCCCAUAAGUAUGAACAUGAGGGUGAAUGUAAAAUGUUUAUAUAUUUUAUUACCUGAAACUGGGGCUGAAAAUCUUAACCACCCUGUCCUGCAGUAGUUGGAAAAUAAUGUUCUUAUUUCCUCCUUCCAUCCCAUCUUGAGCUCAGUUUACUCAGCACUGCCAGAUGCCUAGGGAGAGGGAAGGUGGAAAACCCCAGGAAUUAAUCCAAGCCAGUGAAUUAGCUGUUAGGCUGGAGGACCAAUUGGCGGGUCAGAGUGAAGGGGAGGAAGAAAUUUUCCUGUCCAAGGUUCUUCCAGCUGGAUUAGGAGUUAAAUUUCCAUGAGACAGAUUAACAGGAGAAAAAAUCAGUUUUAUUUUGUGCACCCGGAGUCCCGAUAAUGAAACCGAAACCUAAACAAAAGACCAAAGCAGGCAUUUUUUAAAAUACACAUUUUAGACUGUAAACCUGUCAGGAAUUGACAGAAAAUGGAUGUUUGGGAGCUUUAUUAAGGAAUUUGGGCUUUGGUAGUAGAUUAGUAAAAAUAUAACCAGGUUUAUUUCUACAGCUUCCUUGGCUUUAAAUAAAGGUGGUGUUUUGUUUUGUUUUUUCCCCCUGUUUUCUUAGUGUGGGGAGGGUACCUUUCACAGAGGAGUGUCUGAGUGUCCUUGUACCUGUUGUUUCCCACAUGGUUUCAAUUCAAAAUCCUGAGUAUGCCAUCGUGGUGCACUAUGGAUGGCCUGCCCGGGGCCCCUGCAGUCCCCUCCUCUGAAACUUCCGUGGAAGUCUCACACAUUAAAAGUUGACAGAUUGUUCCAUGUCAGUGAACCAGUCUGGGUUCUGACGGGAGGUAGUUAAACUCAUUUUAGGAGGCGGUGAUGUAUUCUCAGUCCAAUGGUUCAAAUCAGGAAUGAAUGAGCCAUUUCUGUGGAAACAAAAGCCGUGGUUCAUGACUGGAUCAAAUUAGAAACCAGUUUCAGAGUGUAGCCAGUCAAGUGGAUUUCUAGAUGACAGGCAGUGGCAGUCUGAUGUAUUUUCUGGGUUUGUAAAUUGAGUUUUAUGGCGAUCUUUUUGAGUAGCCCAUCGAGCAGUGGGCAUGGAGAUCGUCUACAUAUGAGCUGUUGUGAUUUCUCUGACGUUUAAGUUGUUUAUGUGCAGUUUGCAGGGCUUCAGGAGAAAGGACAGUUUUUGGUUAUCAAGUUCUUCCAAGUAAAAAGGAUGGGGAAAAAAAACCCAAAAAUGUUAGUUGGGGGAGCUGUAGCCAGGCCCUGGAGAAAACCAGAAGAAAUCAGGAUCUUGUCCAGUUUAUAAUGAACCGUAUUUGGAAAUAGUAUUCACAAAGGUAUGUUAUUGAAACAGUUUUUCUCUUUAUAAUCACACUCAUUUUUACCAAAUAUAGCCCAGUUGAGACUAAUUGGUUUGCGAAAGAAGCCUAGUUUUUUAAAACUUGGUUUAAGUGCAGCAAGAAUUGUGAUUGAGCUCAUAGGCUCUUUUUAUAAGGCCUCUCCAGACUGACCUUGACAGUCUUUCAACGUUGGCAGCCGAGUCAGAUACUUGCCACAGACUUCAACUGUAGCACCUAGAGAUUUGGAUUCAUUCUUUCUCAAGGUCCCAAAAGUAUCCCAAGUUUCUUGCAUCUGCCAGGAAGUGACCUUCCCUCUUCACAUGGUAAGUUUGCUGGGAACUCUGUCAGCAGGAUAUUAGGCUAUUUUUUCAGAGGGCUUCCUUGGUUCCAUAUAGUCAACCUUAGUUCCUUAAGCGCUCUGGUAAUACCUGAGUUUAUGCAGGUCUCCCUCAACUAGGCAUUCCAGUCAAAACCCCAGUAAUAUAACCAGUGUUUCCAGUUGUGUUCCGUUACUCUUAUUGAAGUUACACAAGUGAAUAUAUUAUGAAAAUAUAAAAAUACUGGGAGUUUCUGAGUUCUGAAGGGAUCAGGUAGAAGAUAAAUGUUUUAUUCACCGAGGUAUAUUUUAUCAAAUUGCUGUAAGUUACAAUUACCUUAAUUUCUUUAAAUCUGGAAAAACAAUGUUUCAACAAAAGAAAGUCAUAAAAAUUAUAAUCAUCC